UAAUGGUACUAUUGUGCAAUAUUAUUCGUAGAUCAGAUUUAUUUUACUUUAGAAUAGAUAAGGUAAAACCAGAUUAUCUAAAUGGUAUGUCUAUUAUGACGAUGCUGAAAAAGUUAAAUUGCAAAACGAAGUCCAUCGAUUGAUUGUUUGCAGAGACACCAAGCACACUAAUUUUCUUGAAGUACUCAUUUCUAUUAAUUACAAUAGUUUAGGAAUUACAAGAUCAUUUAUAAACGAUAUGCUGGUUUGUUUUUUGCUUUGUGUGUCGACGUAUCAGACAAUGAACUUACCAUGCUUGAAUUAAUACACCUUUACGUUGAAGUCUUAGACAAAUAUUUUGGAAACGUCUGUGAAUUGGACAUCGUCUUUAACUUUAACAAAGUAACAAAAAUAUUAAUUAAAGGCAUAUUCAAUCAUAGAUGAGAUGAUUGUUGGUGGGGAAAUAAUUGAAACAUCUAAGUAAGUCAUAAUUAAUGCUGUCAAGAAUAUUGAAUUAUUAGAUUGA